CAUAUAGUUUAUUUUAUUGUAAUGAAAUGACCAAAGCAAGUACUGUUGUAUGUGUUUAUGACUUUGGUUCUCCUCCUUUUAUAAAAUCAUCACUUCCAUCUCUCUGAGGCUUGAGCACACGGACAGACGGAGAGUUUUAUUUUCUUCAUCCUAGUUUAUUCUAUUUCAGCAGGUGAGAGAACGAGAGAGAGAUGGCGUUUGUGACCACUGCAGAAGUAUGUGACGCGAAUCAAGAUCUGAUCCGUAGUGGCCAGCUCCGAGCUCUGCAACCCUGUUUCCAGAUUUACGGUCGUCGUCAGAUAUUCUCAGGUCCUGUUGUUACUGUCAAAGUAUUUGAAGAUAACGGCUUGAUCCGUCAGUUUCUAGAAGAGAAAGGCAAUGGGAGGGUCCUUGUGGUGGAUGGUGGAGGAAGUCUACGCUGUGCCAUACUUGGAGGAAACCCGGUAGUACAAGCGCAGAACAACGGAUGGGCGGGGAUCAUAGUGAACGGUUGCAUUAGAGACGUUGAUGAGAUUAAUGGUUGUGAUAUUGGAGUGAGAGCUUUAGCUUCUCAUCCUAUAAAGGCUAGUAAGAAAGGACUUGGUGAACAAAGAGUCCCUCUCAACAUAGCAGGCACUAGGAUCUGCGAUGGUGAAUGGCUUUAUGCAGAUACUGAUGGCAUCCUCGUUUCUCAUAUCGAAUUAUCGGUUUAGAAACAAGGAAGAAAGUGUUCUUGGUUUGUUUGAAUGUUGAAGGAAGCUUUGUCUGAAAUAUUUGGAUAUUUUUGUCGUUUUGUGGUAAUAAUUAAAAAAAAAAGGUUUUUUUUGAA